AUGGCCGAACAGUCAGAGAAGGAGAAAACAAAGGUUGAGGAAAACAGACCACUACUCACAACUUUGGGGAUGUGUAUUCUAGAUGAUCUAUACUUGCCCAACGGCGAGAUCAGAUGUCGAGUUCUUGGUGGGAGUGGUGUCUAUUCAAUACUAGGCGCUCGUCUUUUUCUCCUAGAUGAAGAUGCUAGAAGAGCUUCCUGGUUAAUCCGCGCCGGUGAUGCGUUUCCUCAAGAGAUAGAAGAAAGACUUCAGAGCUGGAACACCGAUCUUAUAAUUGAGAAAAGUCAGGGAUGUGGAGUUGAGUCAAAAACUUACAAUUACAUCACCGGACCCUACCGCAUCGAACCCCAACACUUAAUCCGGUACCCCCAACUCCUCCAUUCCCGCACCUAUCACCUCUUAACAUCUCCUCUCGACACCGUAGCUCAAGUCCCAGAACUGCUACAUAUCAGACACCAGGCUGGCAUUCAUGACGUCCCACUAAUAGUUUGGGAGCCUCUACCACCUUCAUGCAAACCCUCAGAGUUAGUAAAUUGCAUGGACGCCAUCGGACUUGUAGACAUAUUUUCUCCCAACCAUAUCGAACUCGCUCAUUUCUUUGGCCUCAACAUAGAUGCUCUCCCAUUCUCGCGUUCCGUAAUUGAAGAUCUAGGCAACACGUUCUUAAAACGAGGCAUCGGAAAUGAUGGGAAAGGAACGAUAAUAAUUCGUUGCGGUCUAGAAGGCUGCUGUGUCUGGUAUUGCAGACAAUCAAAAUGGGUAUGGAUUGAACCAUAUUGGGUUGGGCAGGAAGGUGAAAAGAAGGUGAUCGAUGCGACGGGUGCUGGGAACGCAUUCUUGGGAGGGUUUGUAGUUGGUUGGGAGAAGAGUGGUGAGGACGGUAGGGUGGGAGUUCCUGUUUUGGAGAAAGGAGGAGAAGAGAGGAUGGAGGAUAGAAAAGAGAUGUGGAAUGGAGUGGAUGUUAGGAAGAGAUUGGACGGGUACUGGAAGAGUUUGAUCUCAAAGGGAGUUGUCGAGGAGGAUUUUGGAAGUUACGUUUGGAAGUGA